AUGGAAAGUAUAGAAGAAAAAAAUAAGGUAAUGAAGAAGAAAAGUAAAUUGGGACAUAUCAAAGGGGAGAAGAUUUUCAUAAGCCAAGAUAUGACAGUCUUAGAAAGAAAUAUUCAGAAAGAAAUAGGAGCAAAGUGUAAGGAAUUAAGAGACAUGGGGAGAAAUGUUAAAAGGGACUACAAUGGAUUAACCGUGGAUGGUAAUGAAAAAUGGAGAUGGAGAAAAGACGGUAAAACUACAGACCGGCUAUGUCCUGAAUCUGAACCGUCAACCUCAAAAGAACAUCAAGUAAAUGAUGAUGAUACUGAACAUGUGGCUGAUAUCCAAGCGUUUAGAAGCCCUGAACAAAUUAGAGGAUAUCCCAAAGCCCAGGAUAGAAAAUUAACAAGAAAAGAAACAAAGAGAGGUAGGAGUAUGAUUUCCAGCACCGAUACCCCAGAAAACCAUACAAGCAUUAUUAAUAAUGUUUUGUCGGUACCGGAUUCAGAUACGGGGGACGAAGAAAAAGUCCGAGAAUUAUUCUUGGACUUAUUCUACAAAAUCAAAGUUUUGAACGCGGAAUUCUUCGGGUCACCAUCUGAAAGUCCAGGUCCAGCGUCUUGUGCUUCCGGUGAAGCUCAUCAAUCCCACCUUCGCUUGCCUCGUAUUGAUCUUCCUCGUUUUCAAGGAAAUUUUAUUAAUUUUGCAUCCUUUGUAGACCUUUAUAAUUCGAUAGUGCAUAACAAUGCAGCCCUAGGAAACGUAGAAAAAUUCAAAUAUUUGAAAUGUUGUUUAGACGGGACUCCGCUUAGCUUAAUUCGCAAUUUGCCCAUAACUAACGAUAAUUACCAAGUAGCUUAUGAUUUAAUUGUUAAACGGUACACAAAUGUUCGUCGUUGUGCGACCGCCCAUUGGGAUGCGAUAAUGGGCGUUCAAAAAAUCUCUGCGGUUAACUCGAAAAAUGUAGCUAAAUUAGUAGACACCUUUUUAGAAAAUUUAGCCGCAUUGAAAACUUUAGGCCUUCCCACUGAGCAUUGGGAUUUCAUUAUGUUCAAUUUGCUUUUGUCGAAAUUAGAUGUUGAUUCCAUUAAGUUAUUCGAGUUGGAAAAUAAGUCUAAUGAAAUUUCGUCAUUUAAAAAAUUAGUAGCGUUCAUCGAAACCCAAUACAUCGCGUAUGAUAAUUUAGACAGUAGUAUAAAUGAGGGAAAGAAGUCGUCGCAGGUCCCAAAUAACACGGAGCCAAGGGCCAACUCUCAACACCAGGUGAAUGAUUCAAGACGUAAUCGUAGUAGCUCGUCAUUCGUAACAAAUUCGUCUUCAGUAUGUUGCGCGUUAUGCAAACAAAGCCAUUAUCUCAACCAGUGUUCGUUGUUCUUGGACAAAUCGCCAAAGGAGAGAUAUCAGUUUUGUAAAGAGUCUUCUUCCUGUUUUAAAUGUCUUAAUCAGGCUAACCAUUCAGUCAAGUCGUGUCCUACAUCCUUCAAAUGUAGCAAAUGUAGUAGUCAUCUCCAUAAUAGUUUGUUACACUUCGAUAGAAACCGUUCCAAUAGUCAGUCGUCCUCAGAAAAUAAUAGUCCAGGGUCAUCGGGAAUCGAAUCGUCUACUGAAGUAUCCCAUUGUGCCGCUAGUUUUGUGGGAAAGAAAAAUGAAACCAAAAAGGAAAUCUUGCUCGGUACUGUUUUGGUUCAUGCCAUUGACAGUAAAGGGUGUAAACAACCCUUGAGAUGUCUUCUUGAUUCGGGUUCGAUGAGUUCGUUCAUUAGUAGAAAGGCUGCCAAUCGAUUGGGAUGGCCUAAAACUCCUUGCUCGUUCGAAAUUAACGGACUAGAUUCGAUGCAAACGAAACUGAAUCAGGGGCAAAUAAGUUUCUCUAUCCAACCUCGUCAUCAGGAGUCACCGGUGUUUCAUUUGAAGGCUAUUAUUACAGAUCGGGUUUGCUCGGAUUUGCCCAGCACCCAAAAUAGAUAUUUCUGCUUGGAAUUAUAUUAA